GUAAAUAGUACUUUCCUUUGACUAAAUAGAGUAGUUUGGCAAUAAUACUAGUGUCCACGUCACCCAAACACAAAUCCCCUCGUGUCUCUCGUCUCGUGUCUUCGCAAAUUUCAAUCGUUGAAGAAAACAAAGCCCUAAAUCGUAAAUCCUUAUCUCUAUCUAUGCGCAUGAAUUGAUCCAGAUUCGUUUUCGAUCGGAGCUGCCAUGGAACGCAUCAUCGGCGGCAAAUACAAGCUCGGACGGAAGAUAGGCGGUGGUUCUUUCGGAGAGAUUUUUCUCGCUACACACGUCGAUACUUUCGAGAUCGUAGCUGUUAAGAUCGAGAACAGUAAAACGAAGCAUCCCCAGCUUCUCUAUGAAGCCAAGCUCUACAGAAUCCUUGAAGGAGGAAGUGGGAUUCCGCGGAUAAGAUGGUUCGGAGUGGAUGGAACAGAAAAUGCUUUGGUGAUGGAUUUGCUUGGACCGAGUCUCGAAGACCUAUUCGUGUACUGUGGGAGGAAAUUCUCACCAAAGACGGUUUUGAUGUUGGCUGAUCAAAUGCUAACGCGGAUUGAAUAUGUACACUCCAAAGGAUAUCUGCAUAGAGAUAUCAAACCAGAUAACUUCCUCAUGGGCCUAGGCCGGAAAGCGAAUCAGGUUUAUCUAAUUGACUUUGGACUUGCCAAAAGAUAUCGUGAUGCCAACACCAACCGCCACAUCCCUUACAGGGAGAACAAGAACUUAACAGGAACUGCACGGUAUGCAAGUUGCAACACACAUCUUGGGAUUGAGCAAAGUCGACGGGAUGACCUAGAAUCUCUUGGAUAUGUGCUUCUGUAUUUCCUAAGAGGCAGUCUUCCAUGGCAGGGUCUUAAAGCUGUUGACAAGAAGCAAAAAUAUGACAAAAUUUGUGAGAAGAAGAUAUCAACUCCGAUUGAGGUUCUAUGCAAAAAUCACCCUGUGGAGUUUGCUUCAUAUUUUCAUUAUUGCCACACACUGACAUUUGAUCAGCGCCCUGAUUAUGGAUUCUUGAAGCGGCUGUUUCGUGAUUUAUUCUCACGGGAAGGAUAUGAGUUCGACUAUAUUUUUGACUGGACUAUAAUAAAGUAUCAGCAAGCACAGAAAACUAGGAACCAGUCUCAGGCGAUUCCUGGAUCUAGCAAUUCUCGUGCAAUGCCAAUGGACACAAGCAAUCAUCGAGGAGGAACUAAUAUUUCACAUGAAGCCCAGGCCUCUGAGCGCGUCAGAUCGGCUAAUGCCAUUGGUCCAAGCCCACAGAUAAAUAAUUAUACUCCUACAGGGAGGAGUAUGGGUUUUGAUCACCCCGUCCACAAAAAUAUGAACAUGCCAUCGACUUCAUCAUCUCCUGCAGGAACCUCAAAAAGAAACGACGGAAAGUCAGUUUUCCCUCCCGAAACCUCAAAUUCUGGGAAUGGGAGUGGGAAUAGAACCGGUGGCUGGACUUCACCAUUCAUGUCUCCGGGGAAAUGAUGCCAAAUAUUGAAAUGUAGUUUCUUUCUAUCUUCUGAUAUGGUCUGAGCAAAGAUUAUAUGCCUUUGGGAGAUACGAAGGUGUUUAGUGACAACACUAAACUGUGAAUUCUGCAGUGGAAGCUCUAGACAAGGUUGAAGAUUCUGAGUGGGGUUUUUGUCCAUGAACAGCUUACUGUUUCACACAAAGAAAAUCAAAGAGACAAGGCUUGAGGAGAGAUGUCCUCAAAAGGCUUUUGAGUCAAAGAGGCAGGGAUAGGCCAGGUCAGCAUCAAGCAAUGCAGAGAUCCAACCAUAACGGUUUGAUUUGUGCGACUUCACCAUCGUUUAGCCAAGCUAAGGAAGAUUGCGUGAUGAUUUCGUAAUCAAUGAUUAUUGCCAUGAUACUAACAGUAGCACAGGUUUUAAAGGUGUUGAAGUCUCUGAUAAUUGUUUUGUUUGGUGUGUAAUUGUAUUGUUUUAUUACUCCAUUUUUUGCAAUGAAGAUAAACAUGACUUUUCUUCUUCUAUACAAAUCCUAGAAAAGUAUGUUGUUUACUUAUUACUGGGAAAAAGUCGCAAAUAAAAUGAAAGAACCUUAAUUUCACUAACCAAUAGGUUGGUCAAACUUCAAUACUUUAAUGACCUGUGUUUGAUUUAGAUUUUAUAUUACUUCUUCAUCGCUCGCAGAACAACAACAAAAAAAAAAGGCAAUCCCAUCAUCAUCCAUCGUUUUAACGUGUGAAUGGAGAAAUGACGUUAAUGACCUCUGUGUUUGAUCAGAUUGUCGUCGGACCCAUAAUGGUGCGGUGGUUUGGUGUACACUAACGGCUAAAGCCCGGGUCCAUGGCACCGAUGUAAAAAUAUUCGGUUUCGAUCGGAGCUGCCAUGGAACGUAUUAUCGGCGGCAAGUAUAAGCUCGGACGGAAGAUCGGCGGCGGCUCUUUCGGAGAGAUUUUUCUUGCUACACACGUCGAUACUUUCGAGAUCGUAGCUGUUAAGAUCGAGAACAGUAAAACGAAGCAUCCUCAACUUCUCUAUGAAGCCAAGCUUUACAGAAUUCUCGAAGGAGGAAGUGGAAUUCCGCGGAUAAGGUGGUUCGGGGUGGAUGGAACAGAGAAUGCAUUAGUGAUGGAUUUGCUUGGGCCAAGUCUCGAAGAUUUAUUCGUGUAUUGUGGGAGGAAAUUCUCACCGAAGACGGUUUUGCUGUUGGCUGACCAAAUGCUAACGAGGAUUGAAUAUGUACACUCCAAAGGAUAUCUGCAUAGAGAUAUCAAACCAGAUAACUUCCUCAUGGGUCUUGGCCGGAAAGCGAAUCAGGUUUAUCUAAUUGACUUUGGACUUGCCAAGAGAUAUCGUGAUGCCAACACCAACCGCCACAUCCCUUACAGGGAGAACAAGAAUUUAACAGGAACUGCACGGUAUGCAAGUUGCAAUACACAUCUUGGGAUUGAGCAAAGUCGUCGGGAUGACCUAGAAUCUCUUGGAUAUGUGCUUCUGUAUUUCCUAAGAGGCAGUCUUCCAUGGCAGGGUCUUAAGGCUGUUGACAAGAAGCAAAAAUAUGACAAAAUUUGUGAGAAGAAGAUAUCAACUCCAAUCGAGGUUCUAUGCAAAAAUCACCCUGUGGAGUUCGCUUCAUAUUUUCAUUACUGCCACACGCUGACAUUCGAUCAGCGCCCUGAUUAUGGAUUCUUAAAGCGGCUUUUUCGUGAUUUAUUUUCACGGGAAGGAUAUGAAUUCGACUAUAUAUUUGACUGGACUAUUAUAAAGUAUCAACAAGCACAGAAAGCUAGAAAUCAGUCUCAGCCAGUUCCUGGUUCUAGCAAUACUCGUGUAAUGCCAGUGGAGACAAGCCAUCAUCGGGGAGGACCAAAUAUUUCUUAUGACGCCGAGGUCUCUGAGCGCGUCAGAUCGGGUAACGCCAUUGGUCCAAGCCCACAGAUAAAUGAUAAUGCUGCUACAGGGAGGAACCUGGGUUUUGAUCACCCCGUCCACAAGAAUAUGAACAUGCCAUCCACUUCACUAUCCCCUGCGGGUACCUCAAAAAGAAAUGUGGGAACGUCAGGCUUCCCUCCCGAAACGUCAAAUUCUGGGUAUGAAAACGGGAAUAGAACCGGGGGCUGGACUUGAUCAUCCAGAACUUGUAGUUUACUUGUGAAAUGGUGAGCUCUUUAAGCGAGUCAUGCCCUUUGGAGAUACAAAAGGUGUUAGUGACACCAAGUUCCUGAUUUCUCCUGUAGUUACAGAGGUGCAGUGGUUCUGUGUAUAUUCACUGAGAUGUGUGGACAAGAAGGCGUUCGUGGAAGCUCUAGAGGAUGGAGUUUUUCCAUGAACACACUUGUGUUACACGCACAAAGGCAUGAAGUGUAUGUUUGCUUUUCAUUCGAGAUUUUUCCCCCAACUUUUGUAUAAUUCUUACACCGGAUGUGUAAUCUUUGUUAUUAUAUAUAUCAUUUUUUAGCUACUCACUCUGUGCUAAGUUUCCUAAAGUUGUGCAUAACACUUGUGUGCUGCUACUGCUUGAUAAUAUAUGGAUAUAUGUUAAUGGAUAGCAACAUUCUUUGCAGAAACCCAGAGCCAAAGCUUGAGCUGUGAGAUGUCUUCAAAGGCUUAGGAGAGAGCACACGUUUCUCUUCUUCUUUUAUGACAUAGGUUUCUGACGAAAGAUGUUGAGAGUCAACAUGGGAUUUAAGAAGUCAGCGUCAGCGAUAAACGAACGACUGAACAGUUUAAUCUUGAGAGAGCUCAUGAAGCCAGCCUUGUAUUGGUUUGUUACGCUCGGUCGAAAAAGCAUCAUCAUCAUGCAAGAGGUAGGUGUAGGUUGUAUUCGUAGCUAUACUAUAUUACUUCUUUACAUGUUUAUUCUUUUAUAAAAAAAAAAAAUAGAAAAAUCGAGAUUGAUCACUUCUACACAAGGGAGGAGGUGUAACCUCUAUUUUUCUAAAAUCUGUCCAUAUUCGACCUAAUACACUUAUAAUAUAAGAGUAACUCGAUUAUAAUUUUAUUAAUUUCG